CCGGCACUCAGACGCAGAACUAGCUAGCUCUGCAGAAAGAGAAAGGAAGCCAGCGAGCACGCGAGCCCCAGUCAGCGAGCCAGUUAGAAGAGAGAGUGGGCGAAAGGGGGGCUGCUUUUGGGAGCGCGCUCGACGCAGCAUCCGGCACAGCCAAUGCAGCCUCUGGUACUAUGGAAACUAAACCUCUGAGCAAUGGAAAUAAUGAAGGCUACGAUGUGGCAGGUUCCUGAAGGGCAUGAGCACCUUGUCAGUGGCCAGCGCUGUUCGGAUCUGGAGACAGUGCUGGUGACAAGGACAUGGGCCUCUUCCUCAGGUCUUCCAGCACGCUCAGCACAAGCGACGACCUGGUCCACAGCGCCACUAAACGGGACGCCAGGGCGGCGCCACCACAGGCCCAACACGCAUCAGAACAUUGGGAGACGAGCGAAACCAUGAGAGGUCUGGAGGUAGAACCACCCAUCUCCGCGACAGGGGGCGAUGGCCUGAGCAUGUCCGAAAGCCGGGAGCACGUAGAGGCGAAGGAGGACAAGAACUGCUGUGACGAUGCGAGCGAACCACAGCGCCAAAUACCGGGACAGAACACGAAAAGGCCCAAGUCUAACUCAAAGCUAAAGUUAGUUCGGAGCCUGGCCAUUUGUGAAGAACCCUCUCCUCCCCCAAAUUCCUCUGAACCAGUUCCAGAACAUCAGGAUGAAUUUCAGAUCAAGCUGUCUCAGUCUUUCGACAAAGAGAACACGCCAGCUAGUCAAAUCAAAGACGACGGAGAGAAAACGUCCGAAAAGCUGGAGAAAUCGGAAAACAUGCAGCGCAAAAUGCUGUCAAGAGAUUCCAGUCAGGAAUACACAGACUCGACUGGCAUUGAUCUACACGAGUUCCUAGUAAACACACUGAAAAACAACCCCAGGGACAGAAUGAUGCUGCUGAAGCUGGAACAAGACAUCCUCGACUUUAUCAGUAACAAUGAGAGCCAUAGGAGAAAGUUUCCCCCCAUGACCUCCUACCACCGAAUGCUCCUACACAGAGUUGCUGCUUACUUCGGCUUAGACCACAACGUCGACCAAACCGGGAAAUGUGUCAUCAUCAACAAAACUAGCAAUACAAGAAUACCAGAUCAGAAGUUUUCUGAACACAUCAAAGACGACAAGAUGGAUGAUUUCCAAAAACGCUACAUCUUAAAAAGGGACAACUCUAGCAUCGACAAAGAUGACAACUUGAUGCGAAUGAGGCUGAAGGAUGACAGAAGAAGUAAAUCGAUAGAGGAGCGUGAAGAGGAAUAUCAGCGGGCCAGAGACAGAAUAUUUGCUGACGGUAUGGAUUCUUUCCAGUUUGACAGAAGGAUCCAGGAGGACGAUGCUUGUAACAACACUCAGCAGAGGCGGCAGAUUUUCAGGCUGAAGCAUGGGCGUUCUGGGAACGGAACCAGUCGGCAGAGCAGCUCCGAGAACGAGGCUCGUUCCUCCGAGCCCCGGCCGUGGAGCAGCACAGACUCCGAUAGCUCCAACCGCAACCUGAAGCCAGCCAUGACCAAGGCGAGCAGCUUUAGCGGCAUCUCGCUGCUUAUACGUGGUGACAGCUCCAGCAGCGGCAAGAGCGCCUCACGGCUUUCUAAAACGGGUUCUGACUCUUCUAGUAGCGUAGGUUCUUCCACGGGCUCGCUGUCUCGCACCCAGCCUCCCCCUCCUGCGGCUCCUUCCCUAGUCCAGCCGGGUCACGCUCCGCCCAUGGCGUAUCCUACCAUCGGCACUGGUAGCAGUGUGUCCUGUGAGGGUGGCAGGAGCGGGCCGCCUGCAACCGCACCUAACACUAGCUACUAUUUGCUUCCCCUGGAAGCGGCGGCAGUACCGCCCGGAAGUAUCCUGCUCAACCCACACACAGGCCAGCCUUUCAUCAACCCGGACGGCAGUGCUGUGGUCUACAGCCCUAGCGCCCCUCCACCUCCUCCUCAGGCCUCCCGACCCCAGCAGUCUUUGCCUCCUCCACCUCCACCUCCCCCACCUUUACCCUCCGGUCCCCACCAGCAUCAGUCCUCCAAUCAUGUCAUCUCUCAGCCCCUCUGGUCUAUCCAGCCCUGCGCUCAGCCUUUGCAGUACUCGGCGGUGUCUUACCCCCCACCACCACUGCCGCCGCCACCACAGCUCCUCUCCAUCUCCCCUAACCAACAGUACACUGUGCAAGACAACCUGAGCACCCAGUUCAGCCACAUGAAUCUGGCGCGACAGCCAUCGGGCGAGGGCCGAGACGCCCACACUGCCAUGUACCCGUCCUCAAUGGUGCUCCAGGCUCCGCCUCCUCCUCCCCCUCCUCAGCAGGCUGGUUACAUGGUGCCCUUGCCCGGGCAGAGUGUGCCAACCCAGGCCUACUCCACUGCAGGGCCAGCACCAGGCCCGGUGCCUGUCAACCAACCGGUGAUGCAACAGCAGGGCUACAUGCAACAGCCUAUGCAGCAGAUGCCACCAUGCUACUGCGCACCAGGCCAGUACCCUCUGUCCGGUCAGCAGUAUCGUUCGGUUGGCACGGUGCAGUACAGUAGCCCUCAGAGCCAGCCGAUGCCCCCUCCCCCUCCUGCCCAACAGCCAGGUUACCAAACUGUGAUGCCAAAUCAGCAGCCGAGCUACCAGAACGUGGUGCAGCAGCCGGCAAGUAACACCUUGGUCAGUGGCCAACAUAGCAAUAUGGGAAAUCAAAUGCAAGGCAUGAUGGUUCAGUAUCCCUCAGUGCCAUCUUAUCAGGUUUCCAUGCCUCAAGGAUCCCAGCAGACAUAUCAGCAGCCAGUUAUUAUUCCCAGCCAGUCAAGCCAUGCAUCCAGCAUUCAGGUCUACUACAGUGUUAUACCACCCAAUCAGCAGAACGCCAUGAGCUCCACUGUGGGAUUCCUGCCCCCUCCAGGCACGGAGCAGAUGCCAUUCCCUCGCACGUCCUCCCCCUGCAGCUCCCAACAGAUUUCUGCCCAGCAGUGCUCAGGCAUGCCUCCUCCACCUCCAGGUGGCGGCAUGGUGAUGAUGCAGCUAACGCUACCUCCAGCCCAGCAGCCACGGCCGCACUCGCCUUCUCAGUGGAAACACCACAAGUACCACAGCCUGGACCAGCAACGCAUCCAGAAAUCUACUGAGUUUUGCAGCUUGGACACUUCCCAUAGCAGUACUCAUCUUGGUAGCCCGUCCACGUCUCCUGCACAAUCACCCGCUCCCUCCCACCUGCCUAACGUCAAGAUGGUUCGACCUGGCAUCGCUUCUCUUCCCAUUAUGCCUCAGUUUUCUAGAUCCAUUGUUCCUGGGCAAGGUGAUACCCGGUAUCCACUCCUUGGUCAGCCACUUCAGUACAACCCCCAGAUUCGUCCUCCGUUGUUACAUGCGCCCUCCAUGGUCACUAAUCACCAGGGCCCGAUGGGGAUUCGCCACGGCGGACGAGGCAGAAGGGGACCCAGGAAAGCGCUCUCUACUGAUCUCAGUUGAGUGGGUGCUGCUGGAGGUGAUGGGGCUGCUAGAGGGCAUCAGCCGGACACAGAGCGACCACCUGUCGGGGGGGGACUGGGCAGGCACCACGAUCAGCUGGGUUCGCCAAACCAAGCCCAUGCCGAGCUGCCUUCCUCUCCCCUUCCUCCCUGGCCAGCUUCUACCUACUCCCUCCAGGCCGUCUGCACAAGCAGUGGCACGGUGCCCGCCUGGCACGUCUUACACUCACCCCCAGCAAAAGACACAGCCUGGUUUGGAGAGGGCCAGUUCUUGACGGGAGUCUUUAACUGUACCUGACCCCCCACCUUGCCCCCUUCAAUGCCAGCUCCUCUUUCUCCUCACUUUCUCCUUCUCUUGAUCUCUUGCUUCUCUCUUAUUUGCCGUCCAUAAACAACAACAACAACAGAAAUUAAACUAAACAAUAAAUAAACCCACACUUUUCUUUUUACGUUUGAGGUUGGACAUGCUGGGGGUGUCAAGUGUUGCCACGGUUUAGAAUUCUGGGAGAAGGAAUACAAGUGAACUUGAUCAUUACAGUGCAUUCAAACUCCCAUAAUAUUUCAGAUACAAAAUUUAGAACAUAUCAAAGGGCAGCUUGUACCUGUUUUUCUUUUUCUUUUCUUUUUUUUUUUUUUUUCUUUUUUUUUUACACUUUUUAAAUUUUAUCCUCUUUUCUUUUAUAAUUUUAUCUGGUGUCCGACAAUUCCAAGACCCCUAUCUUCCUUCCUUUCUUUGCCAGUGCACAUUUUGCCCUCCGUAACCAGCCAUUUGGCCCUCAGUGUUGUCGAAUCAUGGAGUCGCCGCAGUGCUACACAGUGGGUCUCAUGUCGUGCCUUCGAUCAGGUCGUCUACUUUCCUCUAACAAAGAAAAUGAAGAUGCCUCCGUUUCUAGUGUAAAAUGACGACCCACGCAUUGUUUUGUAAAUAGUUUAUAUAGUAGCUAAAUAAUUAAAUUUAUUCCCUUAUUUUGUGAAUGUUGGGAAUAGGCACACUUGGUUUGGUUUGGUUUGGUUUUGGGUUUCUUUGGGGUUUUUUUUGUUUUUUUUUUGACACCCCUUGUUUUUAACUUAAUUUAAGAUGCCACAGCGAAUCAUUCACUCCUCACUGCUAUUUUAAUAAUCCUCAACUCUGCCUCUCUGAUUCUCCUCCUUACACAUGGACAACUAUGUCAGAACUUUUGAUUUUCGACGUCUUUUAAAGAACAUGAUUUACUGGGUCACUGGAAAAACCACAAUUUGCACAUUUAUACAAUUCGAGGUUAUAAAUAUAUAUAUAAAUAUAUAUAAAUGAAUACAUCUAUUUUUCGUUUAUUUCUCAAAGAAAAUGUGUGAAUUCUAAAAGGCUGUUCAAUGUUUACUAGUGCAAAGUCAUUUUUAUUUCAGUUUGAAAACCAAUAAAUGUUUACACUAAAUGACGAUGUCUUU